AUUCCAAAUUACUCAUGUGGGUAGGUGCGAGAAGAAAUAUUUAAGAACAACUUUUAAAGGAAAUGGACCUCGGUGGUAUUAGAGGGCACCCUGGCUGACCAUUGUGAGCAAAGGCACUGUGUGGGGAGUGCCUCAUCUGGGGACAGAGGCAGUUGGGCCCCUCCUGCAGAUCUGAGAACCCCAUGCCCAGGGAGACUGUCCUCACCACCUUGAAUGACCUGGAUCUGCAGCGACCGGGCUGUAUGUCAGACUCAGUGGCCUUAUAUGGAAGCCGACAUUCAGACCAGUGAGGGGAGCUCAGGCACAGAUUUCGGGACUGUGGGAGCUUCGCCAGCCAGUACCAUCAUCUCUGCAUAGAUGCACCAAGCAUGAGGCAGGGGUGUGCACCUUCCAAGCCCCACCAUCAGCUGCCCUCCCUUGAGUCUACACACGUGCCUCAAGGUAGGCCUUAGGGAGGAGUCCACAGGAGGCACAACCCCUGAAACAGCACGUCUCAGGCUUCCCUGGGCCCAUGGCCCCCAGUGGGGUCUCACAGCCACCAGACACGUCCUGGCUCUUGGGCUUGCACUGCUACCUCUGUCGUACCCAGACUGUGGUGAGAGCCUGGACACAAGCCUGGAGUGGGCUUGGUCAGCCUCAUUCUGGCUGCAUCCACAGCUUGGGAAGCCAGUUUAGGGUCAAAGGGAGAGUAGAGGGCCGUAUGUCCCACUCCGCCCCUCCCCCAUACUCCAUCCCAGGGACCCCACAUCACACAAGUCCAAGCACUGUCCUCACCUCCAUCCCUCUGACCUUCUGGUCAGGCCUUUGCGGAGCUGACCCCAAAACCCCUCAACCUGCCCCAAGGAGAUCCAGGUGCCCCUCAGCUCUGGCCCUGCUGUGGGCAGUGCUGCCCCCUAGUGGGCUCUCCCUGACAAGCCCAGCUGGCUGCCUCUUACUGGGCCUCAUGCACAGUCCCCUCUGCUCCCUCUGGCUUCAGAAUGUGGCCACAUGGCCACUUCCUUCCCGCUCCUGUCAUCUUCCGAUGUCUCCCUGGCAUCCACCCCUGCGAGGCCACACUGGAGCAAAAACUCCACCCUGGAGUCCCGAGAGCAAGCCCCUCUGCUCCGUGAGACCCCUGCCCUCCCUCUCUCCCUACCUCGCCUGCUCUCCCCACUCAGGCCUAAUCUGCACACCCAGGGUCCUGAUCACUAAACUCUCCCCGUCUGUGCCUACUCUGUUAUCAUUCAGGGGUUCCACCUCCUCUUCUGCUAACUCCAGGGACCUUCACUGGAAGGACUCCUCCCACUUCUCCAAGAGACCCCUCUCUGAAAGAAAGAAAAAUGUAUCCUGCUGGAGACUCCCUGCCAGAGGGCCGGGCGCGCGGGAGAGGCUAGGGGCGACCGCCAUAGAACUACAAGUCCCGGUGUGCAUUGCGGCGGCGGCGGCGGCCCUUGACCGGAAGGUUGGGGGCUCUCGGCCCCACCCCGGAAGAUAAGGCGGCUCUCAAGGCCCGUGUCUCCUUUUUCGGCCGCGCUCUGCAGCAGACCGCCGCCAUGGGCCGCGU